GACGCCGACAUCCCGACACGAUACGCUGUCCAGUGCAAUCGAUCAAUUAAUAAAUAAAAGUAUUAAUUUAAUCCAGUGAAAUGAUGGGAGACCGUAAUUUUGUGGAAGAUGUAGACUUUGGUAACGACAACGGGUUCGCAAUGAACAAACCAAUGCGACCGAUAAGGCCACCUAAACGUGGAAUGCCCAACAAUGACCGCUACAACAAUGCCUAUGGCAGCUACCGUGGUGGCUAUGGGCCUGGAGGCGGCUUUGGGUAUGGACCAAGGGGCCCACCUAUGGGCGGACCUAUGGGUCCACCACCCAUGGGCCCACCUAUGGGUCCGAUGGGCCUUCGUGGUCCGCGCGGUCCGCCGCCUCCCAUGGUGAUGUUUGGCCGGGGUUUUGGACCAGGGAGGCCACCUAUGCCCCGUAAUGUCGCUCCAGAGACUCAAGCUUUUAAAUACCUUAUACGUUGUGGUGUUGCCCAGGAGAGCAUAAAAGGUCUCCCCAAGAGGCUGCUAAAGCUCAUGGAGGCUCACCACUGUGGCGUUUGCGGGUUGGACUUCGACUCCUUUACUAUGUCGCGUAUGCAUUAUACUUCGCGAAAUCACCAAAAGAAUCAAAAGAAAUGGCAGACGCAAAAUGCUGAGAAGCCAACUCCCGGGAAACAGAUACCGCUAAAGUCGCGCGAGUUGUACUGUGAACUGUGCGACGUUACGAUAACGUCCACGGCUCACGCCGAUUCGCACUAUUCAGGAAAAGCGCAUCGAGCGAUUGUGGAAGGACGGAAGAAGCCGAAAAACCCGUAUCUACUCCAAAAAGGAAUGGAGGGUCGCACUGAGCAGUUGAUUAACCGCGAGAAGGAACAUUUGCCGGCGAUCACCGUGCCGAAGGUCACCGUGGGUGAGGGCGACGUCAAGCCUCCGCAGGCCGACCUCUACUGCGACAUCUGCAAGACCUCCAUGACAUGCUCGGAGCAGAUGACGAUGCACCUCAACGGCAAGAAGCAUCUGUCGAAGGAGAAGCAGCACAUCAUCCGCGUCAUGAAUGAACAGUCGCAGAACAACGUCAACAUUGCGGUUAAAGAGGAACCACAGACUGCAGAUGAGCAGACUGGAGGCAACGGCAACGACGACGGAGGCGAUUGGGGAAACGGAUCUGGUACCUGGGAAGACUAAGGGCUUUAAUAUUAUAUAGAGGAGUUAUUUGAUACACAUUCAUUGCCACUAAGUGUUACGGGUUACGCUCGUAGCGCGCAGCCACGUCUUUGCCGUAUGUAGCGCGUAGUCGCUACGAACAGUGUACCCGACAGUCGGGUUCUUGGCCCUGAAUGUGUUAAUUUUAAAAACAUGAGUUAACUGUGUAAGUUUGGGUGGUAUUCCACAUGUCCUAUGUGUAUUUGCGUCUCACAUUUUGCUUAGUGAGAGAGUGAGACGCAAUGCACAUUGGACCUAGAAAUUGGACAGGUGGAAUACCAACCUUAGAUCAAGUCAACAAGUUACUCCUUAUCCUCCCAAGACCCACCAUAUAAAGUUUGAAUUAAUUAAUUUGAACCUUAUUCUGUAAGUAAAUUAGAACGAAUUUCGUUUGUUUUAAAAAGCAAUGAAAGAAAAGAAAUGCUACUUUAUUUGGUUCAUGAAAGGUUCAAAUUAGGUUGCACGAAUAUGUACAUUGUAAUGUACAUUUAGUCUCAGGAGGAUAAGAUGAUUAUGUUGUUACCCUUCGAUUAUGCAGUAUCACACUAAUUAGAAAUCAGCAGUUGUCAUCUUUAAUCGUCUCAAUUUAUUGUAGUUUGUAGAUUUAAUUCGUUAGCAACAUUGAACUUAUUAAUUUGUGAUAGUUCUAUUCAUUUUAAAACUGGAUUCCAUUUUAUUUUUUAACUCUAGAAUGAAGUAUUGUGUAUCUUCAUUUAAAUGUAAUAUAAUAAAUCAUUCUACGAAUCAA